AUGGAGCUGGCAGCCGGAUAUGAGGUCUAUGGUAUGCAGUCAACAACAACCCUCCACUAUCCAGUAGGUUCACUGCACCUCCAGAACAACCCUCCACUAUCCAGUAGGUUCGUCACACCCCCAGAACAACUCCUCCACUAUCCAGUAGGUUCACUACACCCUAGAACAGCCCUCCACUAUCCAGUAGUACAGUUCAAGACACCUCCACUAGAACAGUACACUUCACUUCCAGAACAACCCCUCCAGGUUCACUACACUCCCCAGAACAACCUCCUCCACUAUCCAGUAGGUUCACUGCACCCCAGAACAACCCUCCACUAUCCAGUAGGUUCACUGCACCUCCAGAACAACCCCUUCCACUAUCCAAACAACCCUCCACUGUCCAAUCACUGCACCCCCAGAACAACCCUCCACUAUCCAGGUCACUACACUCCCCAGAACAACCCUCUCACUAUCCACUAUCCCCAGUACACUUCAUUCAAUCCCAGAACAACCCUCCACUAUCCAAUCACUACAUCCCCAGAACAACCCUCCACUAUCCAAUCACUACACCCCACAGAACAACCCCUCCAGAAUCCAAUCACUACACCCCCUCAGAACAACCCUCCUCCACUUCACAAUCACUACACCCCCAGAACAACCCUCCACUAUCCAAUCACUACAUCCCCAGAACAACCCUCCACUAUCCAAUCACUACACCCCAGAACAACCCUCCACUAUCCAGUACUGCACACCCCAGAACAACCCUCCACUAUCCAACUCACUACAUCCCCAGAACAACCCUCCACUAUCCAAUCACUAUCACACUCAGAGAACAACCCUCCACUAUCCAGUCACUUCACACACCCCAGAACAACCCUCCACUAUCCAGUAGGUCACUACAUCCCCAGAACAACCCUCCACUAUCCAAUCACUACACCCCCAGAACAACCCUCCACUAUCCAAUCACUACACCCCCAGAACAACCCUCCACUAUCCAAUCACUACACCCCAGAACAACCCUCCACUAUCCAAUCACUACACCCCCAGAACAACCCUCCACUAUCCAAUCACUACAUCCCCAGAACAACCCUCCACUAUCCAAUCACUCACAUCCCCAGGAACAGAACAACCCCUCCAACCCUCCACUAUCCAAUCACUACACCCCCAGAACAACCCUCCACUAUCCAAUACACUGAGAACACCCUCCAGAACAAUCCUUCUCCCCAGGAACAGCCCCACUAUCCAAUCACUACAUCCCCAGAACAACCCUCCACUAUCCAAUCACUGCACCCUCAGAACAACACUAUCCCACUACACUCUCAGAACAACCCUCCACUAUCCAAUCACUACACCCCCAGAACAACCCUCCACUAUCCAGUCACUACAUCCCCCAAGCAUCCUUCACUGACGACUAGUUCACUACACUCCAGACCAAUCUUCACAGCCGGGUUUUGUACAUCAGUGGAGCUGCCUGAUGUUAACUAA